ACCUUCUUCCAAGAAAACAAAAAAAACAAAAAAACUGGUUGAACCUUCAAAUCUUGAGUUGUUACACUAUUCAAGAAUAAAGGUCUAAUUGUAUUUGAAAUAACAUUUUUAAGGGGAUUAAAUGUACAUGCAAGUGUCUUGUCUGACCAGUUCAAAUGUAACGGGAGGUAUAUGUCACAUAAGAAACAUUUUCGACAACUGCCUAAACUUUAUCCCUAACCACCACAGAUGGGGGCGCUACACAUUAACAGGAUGGGAUUUGACUGGUUUUCAGGGUGUGUCAGGAGCAUAGAUUGUUACUAUUUACAGUCAAUGGUCAGGAGUCAGCUUGAAACUAAUAUAAAGCUUCAGACAGAAGUCAUCCUGUGAAAAGGAAAUAGUCCUUAUUACUCGAGGAGCACCAGAGAAGUCGACACAAUGGCAUCUCCAACCCCUCUGUCCAAGGCCAACACCACCUUCUCUCUGGCUUUGCUCCAAAAGUUUGGAGAUGACAACAAGACGGCAAACAUCUUCUACUCCCCUUUCAGCAUCUCUUCAGCCCUGGCUAUGGUGAUGCUGGGGGCCAGAGGAAACACAGCCACACAGAUGUCAGAGUGCCUGAAAACCAAGGAUUGUCAGGAUGACGUCCAUGUUAGCUUUGCCCAACUGCUGAGUGAGCUCAACAAGGCUGAUGCUCCGUAUGCCCUCAGUGUUGCCAACAGGCUGUACGGGGAGCAGUCCUACCAGUUUGUUGAGGAUUUCUUAGGAAAAACCAAGAAGUACUACAACGCAGAGCUGGAGACUGUUGACUUCAAAGCUGACUCAGAGGCCGCCAGGCUCAACAUCAACAGGUGGGUGCAGAAGCAGACUCAAGAUAAAAUUAAGGAUCUGUUGGCCAAGGGUGACGUGGACAGCCUGAGCAGGCUGGUGCUGGUUAAUGCCAUGUACUUCAAAAGCGACUGGAACGAGCAGUUUCAGCAGUAUGCCACACAGGAUGCUCAGUUUAGACUCAACAAGAAUGACACCAAGCCAGUGAAGAUGAUGCACCAGAAAACAUGGUUCCCUUUUUCCGACAACCCUAAAGUCAACUGCAAGAUCCUAGAGAUGCCUUACAAAUUGAAGGAGCUCAGCAUGCUCAUCUUUUUACCCAAUGAGAUGGAGGACAGUACAACAGGUCUGGAGAAGCUGGAGAAGCAGCUGACCUAUGAGAACUUUAUGGAGUGGACUCGUCCAGACAUGAUGAAUAAUGUUGAGGUCCAGGUGGGAUUGCCUCGGUUCAAGAUGGAGGAGACGUAUGACAUGAAGGAAGUCCUGGUCAGCAUGGGCAUGGUGGAUGCCUUUGACGGAGCAAAGAGUGACUUCUCUGGCAUGUCUCCUGCCAACGACCUGGUAGUGUCAAAAGUUUCCCACAAGGCUUUUGUGGAGGUCAACGAGAAGGGAACUGAGGCUGCUGCUGUCACUGCUGCCAGCAUAAUUGACUGUUGCCUGAACAUGAGUCCACCCGUCAUGUUCAUCGCAGACCAUCCCUUCCUCUUUUUCAUCCGACAUAACUCGUCCAUGAGCAUUCUCUUUGCUGGCCGAUGCUGCUCCCCUGAGGACCCCCCCCAUCUAAGGGUUGUCCCCCCCCCUAGAAAUAUCAUUAAAACAAUGCUGUGUAUUGUAAAUGACAUAAUGAUGUAUACCUAAAAUAUCUGUGUAAAUAGUAAAACAAUACAAACCCCCACCAUCAAAAAACAUGUAGGUUCUCCAGUCAGUGCGCUUGA